AUGCACCGCUCUGUGCUGGUGCCGACGAGCUCCUUACGGCUUCCUCUGCUCCUGCAGGAGACCAACAAUCCUUCCGUUGAAAUUGAAGUACCCCAGACUUGUAGAUUCAUUGUCCGAACUACGGGGUGUAGGCUGAGCGAAGCGGUCGGCACAGACGAGGGAGGCAACCCUACCUUCAGAUCUGCAUCAAGCUCUGAUCAAUUUGCUGCUGAAAUGGAGAGAUAUCCUCUAAAGGUUGAGGUUGAGGGUGUGAACAAUGUAAAACUUUACCCUGAGGAUGGUGAAACAACAACAAUCCUGAACUUCAAGAGGGGUAUAGUCUCUGCCACAGCUGUUCCACUGUUGGACGAAGAGCAGAACAAGAACCUGCCUACUAUCCACGGUAUCUGCAAGACCCUUUACACUAUCAAUGCAAGAGAAGACAUUGCAACUGACAUCACUCUGACCAGAGAUCUGUCCAAAUGUGACCAAUUUCUACCCAGAUGAGCUCACACCAGUCCUCUGGCACUUAUUUCUGGCAUGCACAACCCUCUUUCCCAGCUGGUCAGAAGCUCUCAAACCUGCAACUAUAAAUUUGACAACGAGAAAAAGCAUAUGACUUCUGGGUUGUGCGUUGAAAACCACAUUCUCAUUCCCUUUUCUCACAAGGGAGAAUAUGGAAUCACCACUGUUGGAAAGCAAGAACUGACUCUGCUGAAGGUUUCUGCCCACAAAGAUCUGGUUUUUGAACACACCAACAAAACUAUGCCAAAGGCUAUUGGAAACAUGGCUCCAGCCUUGUUAGCUGUCAGUCCUGCACUUAGAGCGAUAGUGUUAAAAUGUGUGAACCACCCUGAUGCUUCUCGGGCCAUGCAGCAGGCUGCAAUCCAGGUAUACAGGCUGACUCCUGUCACGGAGGAAGGCCGGGAGGUUCUUCUGCAGGUGUUGUUGGACAGUACAAGACCCCUGCAAAUGCGUAUUGCUGCAUAUCUGGUACUUAUGAAGGAUCCCCACCCCAAGAAACUAGCUCAGGUGGCUGAUGCUUUGUCCAGAGAGGAGGACCAGCAAGCCAAAUGCUUUGUCAUGUCGCACAUCAACAAUAUUUUGACUUCAAAUGAUCCUGACACCAAAAUCCUGAGGCAAAAUGUUCUUGAGCUUCUCCAGGCUAAUGAGAUCGGACCCAUCAUGGACACCACCAUGUUCUCUCACCACUACAAGAUUGGAUCCCUGGAAGGCAACAUGAUCUUUGAGAGUACAGACUACCUACCCAAAGAAGCUAUGCUUGAAAUGACCCUCAGGGCAUUUGGCUAUGACACUGACAUGAUGGAGAUUGGUAUGGAUGGCAAUGGAAUUGAGCCGACUAUUGACGCCCUGUUUGGGCCAAAUGGAUUCUUCCCUAACACUGCCCUGAAGUCAAUGUUCUUCAUCUCGGACAACCUGCCUGUCAGAGUCAGUGAGAUCCUGCAGAACACAUUCCCUGCUUUGAAGAAAUACGCAAUGAAAAAACAGGUUACCAAGAACCUGAUGAGUGAGAUCAGGCAGAACUUUAACAAACUAAUGAGUGAACUGAAGACCACCCAAUCUCCAGAGGCAAAGGUUUAUCUGAAACUCUUGGGAAAUGAGUUGGAAUAUCUGAGGACCAUCAACAUGGAGGAGAUGCCAUACUCUGCUGCCAUGAUGAGUGACAGCAUGUUAAAUAUGUUUUCCCCCGAAUUUAUCAGGGGAUUGAUGACUAAAACUGACAACACAAUGUUUGCACACUACAUCUUCAUGGACAAUGAAUUCUUCCUGCCCACUGUCACCGGCAUGCCUCUGAGGAUCGCCCUAUCUGGUAGGAUCACCCCGGGUAUCAAGGGUGGACUUAAGCUGGCUCGUAACAUGACCGAAGGCACCUUCAUGCCUUCCCUAGGUAUUGAGUUUGUAAUGCAGAUUGGCUCCCACAUACCUGAAUACGUGAAAUCUGGAUUAGAAAUGCACACGAACAUUUUCCAUGAGAGCGGACUCAGUGCCAAGAUCUCCAUGAGACGUAACAACAUCAAGCUGACCAUCCCUGCUCCAAGAAACCCAACUAAGCUCCUCAAACUGACGUAA